AUGCACGGAGACGCGUUGCGUCCUGUUGUCUCGGAGGUGGAGGUCAUGGAGGUACUAUGUGACGACCCAGUGCUUGCCCAAGAACUGGUGAGACUGCUAAGUAACGAGCUGAAAUUUUCUCGCCAACAACUUCGAGAACUGAAAGCAAAGGAUAACAGAACGAGGGCCUCCUCUGAGCAAAGCGUGGCAGAGCAACGACUACUGAGAAGGCAGAAUGAGCAACUAAAGUGCGAUGUCCUUGACAUGCGGCUGCGCUUGGAGGCUGCUCUUGAAACUCAAGAUGAGAAUUCGCAUCUAUCCAAUCCCUCACCAUACGAUGAAGUAUGCGCUCAGCUGUCGGAAACCCUUGAGGAUAGAGCACAAGCAGAUGUAGAUCAUGCAGAAUUUAUUCAGCACUUAGAGGAGAAGAUAAUCACCGCUCGGGAGAAGUACCAAAGGAUCACGGAGCUAAACAACCAAAAUCAGCAGUCUCUGAAUAACAUGAGGGAAAUGCUUGACGAAGCUGCGGCCAAUCGACAGGCAGCUUUGGAACGUGCAGUAGCCGCAGAAGCGCAACGAGCCUUCACUUUCACGAAACCUGCUUUUAAUGCAGUUGAGUUCCUGAACAUGUCCCAGGCAGACAUACCCCAACCAUCCAUCAAAGCAAUGAGACGACUAUCAUCGGGAAAGCACUUAUACCUGCGGAAUGAACUCAUUGACUUGUGUGUCCCCGGUGGUUUUGUCAAAUUCAGUCACAAUGAGCUACUGUGGUCGAAGGAUGGCUUCGGGCACUGUCUGGCUUUCGUUCCUACGCAUCACUUUGUUUAUGGAUCGGACACAGACAGUGGUACUUGGCUGAGGUCCACCUGGUGUGCCAAGAUGAUCGAACCUGCAUCCCAGAAGCGCGACCUUUUCUACAUGACGGGCCAAGUUUGGUAUUACUAUGGUACAUUCGAAUGUGUCGGCUCGGCAGAGGUAUCAGCAAAUGAUGUCCGCAAACUUGGCGCGAAGUACAUGGGUAGUAUCGAGAAGCGCACCAUCUUCUCACCAGAACUUGUUCCGCCGUUCAUCAUCAAGAUGAUGCAGGAUAUGUAUACCGAAGGCAUACUUUCGGUGGCGUGUUUCGGAUAUCGUUACGUAGGCUUCAAUCACCCAUUGAACCAAGCCUUACAAGCGCAAGCAAGGGUUGGAAAGGUCGAUUCUGUUCUUACAGAUUCGACAGGUGCUAUCUCGGCAAAGCGCAGCAUUGAUGGAGAAGGUGGACACUCUUGCAAGAAACAAAGACGUAAUACGGAUGCUUAG